AAGGAACAGGAGGAAAUAGAAUUCGCAAACUGUCAACCCCCUGACCCUCGUCCUUGAUUAUAGUGACCUUAACCUCUCUUUUUGUCUUUCAUUAUCCCAAUGAAGAGGUUUGACAUCAAGAACAGAGGGAAAUCGUGAAUUUGGUCUGCUAAACAUCAAGAACUGAACUUCUAAGAGCAACAAAAAGAUGGAGGACUCGGACACCAACUCUCCAAACAACUCGUGGCAAGCAGGCAUGGGAACAGGAGAGCAGGUCUUCCUAAGCCUAGUUGGUACUGUGAUGGCCGUGGUUGGAGGUCUAGGCAACGGCGUCGUUGUAGCCCUGGUCUGCUGCUCCCCGGCCAUGAGAUCGGCCAUCAACCUCCUCCUAGCAACGCUGGCCCUCACUGACACGAUGGUCAUGCUUCUGAUGCUGCCUCUAGACGUAGUCACACUCAUAGGCCGAGAGUGGCUGCUUCCCGUGUCGCUGUGCUACGCCCACGAAUUCUUGCUCGCCGUGACGCACCUACAGGGCGUGGUCAUCUUAACCAUCAUCUGCAUUGAUCGUUACGUCAUUAUUGUGCAUCGACAAGACCGCCUGACGCCUUCCACGGCCUGCUGGGUCAUAGCUGGGUCGUGGGUGCUCAGUGCUUGUUUGGCAUUGCCGCCAAUGGUGGGUCUAGGCUCACACGUCGUUCCUCCUUUGCCCGUGGGUGUGACUCACUGCAUCUGGAAGCCGUCGACACCCCCGUCUCCCGGCAAUCUGUUUUAUGGCUGUACUAUGUUCAUAUUCGUGUACUUGCUCCCUAUAUUCAUCAUAGGUGCCUGUUUCGCCAGUAUUCUCAGGAAGUUCCAGAAGGCGUCGGCGAAGGUGCAUAACAACAAGGGAGACGCGACGCUGGACUACAACGGGAUAGUGGAGUGUCCCCAAGAGAAGCACAACGACAACAACGAGGCCAAGUCCUCUUCAUCCCGCCGAACGCUCGUCCCUCUGGACCUCCGCUACAAAACCCAGACUUUCACCACCAUCUCGAUGCUGUUCCUGGUGUUCGUGGCUUUUCGCUCUCCCUUGCACCUGGCCCAGCUGGUGAGUUUGUUCACCGAAGAGAAUACGAGUUAUCACAAGGCCUAUGUCUGGCUGCUGUGGUGGGCUUACUUGCAACCGGCUGUAAAUCCUGUCAUAUACACGAUUCGGAUCAAGACCAUAAGAGAAGAACUGUUUGAAUACUUCCCUUGCUUACUCCACGUAGUUUCGGGGCCAGCAAGUCGUGGCUACAGUCGUUCAGAUCUAAAGGCAAUCUACAUGAUACAUGAACCACGAUCGGGUGCGUCAAAUUAAUUCAGUUGUGACUGCUACUUUGCUCAGUAAGUGACUGCAGACAUUAAGAGCUUAUGUUUACUUAUGUAGUUGAAUGUCUCCACAGGCAAGCAAACCCUUUUGCGACUGUCACUCAUAGGCCCAGUCGAAAUAUGGCUUGAUAAAUAAUACUGAGCUGUGUUCAGAGUAAUCCGUGCAAUGUUUCUUUGUGUUUAAGGAGGUCACUCUUAUAAGAUAUCAGAAAGGAAAGGGAAAUAUUACCUCUUGAAACAAUACUUUUGGUAAACUGGACGUAUAAAUUAUUACAGAGUAACCAAAUGAAAGUUAGACAUUAUUUCCUUUGGAAGGAUAAAUAUUAGAAAGAAACAACCAGUAACUUACUGUGCUACAUAAAAAAAAGUGGUUGUGUGAAACUUUUACAUUGGACGUAGCAAUAUAAAUCUUGCUGAAAUUUACUUUUUAGAAAAACUAACGAUACAGUGUUGAAAUGUGUGCCUCAAAGGUUUUUCAGAUACUGACAUAAAUGACAGACCUGACACAGAGUAAUACUGCGAGAGACUGAAAGUUACGAAUGUCAGCUAACACUUCUUUUGGAGGAGAACUUUAUUCCAGGGGAAUUUGUGAAUUCUCCAGUUUAACCAUGUGGCAUGAAACUAUUUCCAUUAUAGCUUGAUGUAAGGGUGCAGUCCUGGAGAAUUAGAAAACUGUUGGUCUGUGAGUGGUGAAACUGAUCUGAAGUGAACCAGCUGGACUGGUUCACAUUAAAAGAAUGUUCUUGUUAUAUUGAUUAUUAUCAUGAUGAUGAAAUUUAGAGAAAACUUUUUGUGUAAAAGUGCUGAUCUUUAUUGUAUUAUUCCAAUACACAAUAAUUGUUUGUUUUCACCCUAGGCUACUAUAUGGGCCCUCAAAUGUACUUUCUACCUAUAUUUCAUGAACAAUGCAAUUUCAAGCUGAUACUACAGCAUUUUUUUAAGUAAUGUUAUAAUCAUUGUUGUUAUAAAUACUCUGGUAUUAAAUUACAUUUAAUUUAUUACAAAAAAUAUGACAGAUAAAUUAGAAACUGUCCACAAAGUUAGUAAAAAGAUUCGUUCCAGUUAAUAAGCUUUUUAUGUAAAUCAUUUUCAUCAAAGUUAGGUCUAAUAAUAUCCAAAGAGAAAAGUCUGGAAAUUUAGAACUUAAUUCAAUAGAGUGAAACUGAUUGAAAGAUAAAUAGUGAACCUGUUUUGGUUUACAGUAACUUUGUUUCCCUGCAAAACACACACACACACACACACACACACACACACACACACACACACACACACAC